AUGUGUUACAAGGCUUACACAAUACAAAGCCCUUUCUCACAGCCACCGCAGCCUCCUCCUCCACCAAAAACCAACUUGGCCAUGUUGUAUUAUGGCCUCAUAGUUGUUGGAACAGCUGCUAUAGUGUUUGCCAUGUACAACCUUGUCUUCAUCAAAUGGACACCAAACCGCCACGGUGGCCAAUCACCACCGUCGAGAUCAUCAAACACUUUGAUGGAUGCCAACAGAACAAGGAGUAGCAGGAGCUUUGAGAAUUUGGACAGCUUCAAGUACAAGAAAAAAGAGGGAUCGGUGACACAACAAGAUGGGGUUGAGAACUACGUUGAAUGUGCGGUUUGCUUGUCAGCGUUUGAGGAUGGAGAAGAGGUAAGGAAGCUGCCUACAUGCAAGCACUCCUUUCAUGCUCCUUGCAUAGACAUGUGGCUCUACUCUCACUCUGACUGCCCCCUCUGCCGGGCUCCGGUGCUGGUGAGCUCGUGGUGUCAUCGACAGCUAACGACUACGCCGGAGGACAAUUCCAGAGAAGUCUUGCUGGUUUGA